AUGACUGAAACGCAUUCUGGUCCUGAGGGUGGGCUUCAAGAACUCUCACCAAAUACAACUGAAGUGGUAACAGCAGAAAGUGUGGGUCGAGGUAAUGAUAGCAUUGAGUGUUGUUGUUGUAAAUACACAGCAGACCUCUACUGUCAGGAUUGUAGUCAGUAUUUGUGUACUUCUUGCAAAAAUACUCAUGAAAAAUUUCUUGCACGUAAAAACCACACAAUACAGCCAAUCAAUGCUAACUGGCCACCAUCUGCAGAAGCAAUGGAAAAGCCUUCAUGCCGACUGCAUGAGAAAAAGUUGGAAUUUUAUUGCACAGAUUGCAAAACUCCAAUUUGCCAAAAGUGUGCUAGUACAAAUCACAGUGAAAAAAAAGGACAGCAUAAGUCAAUCAAAGUAUCUGAAGCAUUCAAUGAUUUACAAUUAACAGCAAAUACUUUAAUGGUUCGGGCUAAUUAUUACAAGCAACAGGCAGAAGAUGCAAUAGACAAAUGUACUGUUAAUGCCAAUGAGCUUAGUGACAGCAGAAAUGAUAUUAUGAAAGACAUCAACAACACUGUGGAAGAAAUUGUAAAAUUAGUCAGAGCAAAAGCAACGACAUUAGAAAGAAAGUUGGAAAAUAUAUAUGAGACAAAGAAAGAAAAAAGUAACUCUCAAAUUGAUGAACUCAAAUCAAUGGUAUCAGAUGUUGAAGGAAAGCAAGUUUACAUCAGAGAGCUAUUGAAAGGUGGAGAAGCAACAGCCCUCAAAACAUGUCAAGAGGCAAUUACAAAACUUCAAGACAAGAUUGCUGUCCUACCACAAAAAAAACCUAAAGAUGGAAAGGUUUACUUCUUUGGUAAAAAAUGUAUCAUUCUGGAUUACCUAGACAAACAGGAAAUAGGCAGUGUUAGUGAAAAGCCAAAUGAAAAUAUCUUUAAAAUUGAAACAAAAAAUCCAUUGAUAGUGACAAGUUAUCAACAUUUUCGUGUUGAAAUUACUCAACUAUAUAAAUGUGAAAUAGAUAUAAAGGAUCUGGCAAUAUCAAAAGGGGAAAGACAAUAUUCCUCAACAAAAGAUAACUGCCCAACAGUUAAUAUUGUUAAAUCUAAUGGAAAAUAUAUUGUUGAAGGUUUCUCAAGUAAAAAUUUUACAUUGGAUGUUAAGUUUCAUAAUUCUUCAAUAAAAGGAUCACCAAUUAAUAUCAUCGUAGAACCUGCCGGAAUUGUACGAUGUAUUGAAAAUGUUGGUCAAUUGACAGGUGCAAUGAAAUAUACACACGACAUUGAAAAUGAUAGAGGUAUCCAAGAUGUCUUGAUAUCUAGAAAUGGUUGUUUUUUAGUUGCUUGUAACACAUAUGAAGUAUUUAAGUUUAAAAUGUCAGGAGCUCUUAUAAGUAAAAUAACAUUACCAAAGACAUCAAAGGUUCAAAGAAUAUGCGAAUUAAAAAACAAAAACCUGAUAUUCUGUGACUGGGGUAAUAGCAACAUAACAUUUUGUGAAAAAGAUGGUAGAGUUAUCAAAUCCAAAAGCAUUUGUAGUACGACAAAAUCCAAACGCACUGCAACCCAGAGUUGUUUAAUAUCUGGUAUUGAUGUGAAUGAAGACUUAAACUUAGUGUAUGUUGCUGAUCAAGCUGUGCAUUGUGUGAAGGUAUACGACAUGGAGUACAAUCACAAUGAGAUGGUCAUUGGAUCUAAAGGUGGUCUUGAAGGACAAAUGAAUGGACCUUCUGAUGUUGCAGUCACAAAAAAGGGAAAUCUCAUUGUAGCUGACACUAAUAAUCACAGAUUGCAAUUAUUUGGUUCUGAUGGUCAAUUUAUUAAGGUUAUUAUUGGUGGAGGGGAUAAAAAUGGUAUGGUGAAUAAUCCAACACGAGUCUGUGUUGAUUACGAGGACAACAUUAUUGUAGCAAGUAUGGGAAAAGUACAGCUAUUUAACAGCUGUGGAAAGUUCCUUAGACUGAUUCAGGAGAAUGAGAAGGAAAAAAGAUAUUAUUUUGCAUUUUCAAUUGUCUCUCAAUUCCCUCGAAGGCUUGCAUUAGCAGAAGUAAAUUCAAGCACACUGCGUUUCAUCAAUUAUUGA